AAUCUACAAAUACACACUUAUAUGAUAAAAAUUUUACACAAACAUACAUUUACACUUAUACACAAGAGGGUAAAAUGAAGAGUUUACAAAGCCAAAUAUCAAAGUUAAUAGUUAACAGUGAGAACUGGUCUCAAAACUAAAUUGUAUCCUACACAAGCCUUACACUUACACUCACACAACUUAUUUAUUUACACAUACAAAUGUGCGGUACAUACACCUUUGAAACUGCACACAAAAAUAUUGUUAUCGCGAGAAACUUUGCACACAAAUGUUCCAAGGUACAAAGGUCCUCGCAAUACUUUUAUGAGAGAACACAAAAGCAGUGAAAUGAACUUUUCCUCUCAGUCUGAACACUUAUUCUCAUCAGAAUCGAGUUCACAAAUCUGAAUUCGUAAACUUGCCAUUGAAAACCUAAAGUUAAAAAGUUAAUUUUUUUUUUACAAGCAUGUGAAGUGGUUUUGUAUCUAUAUAUAUAUAUCUAAUUAAAUGAUAAUGGAAAUGAACAGGAUCAAAAGCUUUCAUGAGUUAUCCCACACGGUUCCUGGACAGGCUCUCUGAUGUGAGGAUCAGCUGUCACUUCUGAGAGCCUCAUGUCACUCUCACACCCUGCUGGCUACAACUGAGUAAGCGAAGAGGUUAAAUAUAGCGCAGCAGCAGUGGAGCUGCACACAAUCACUGAUAGAGCAGACAUGUGCAGCGCUGGCUUCACUGUCCCGCUCUGUGACUCACUGAUUUUACAGCCUCCUAACCACUCAGUCAUGCUUUCCUUCACUUGUUGACUCUUGGUUUGGAGCAGCUGCUUCUCACCGUAGCUCUUACAGAGGAAAGAUCUUUGGAUAAUGGGUGCUCCUAUCAGAAGAAUGGGUCUGGAGUCUGUCUGAGCAGGAGCAUACAGGACUACACUAGCCCGAGGCUUAGGGACUGUGGUAGGAAAAUGAGGUCCAAAGAUAACACAGUGGACAGUAUGGUUAAUGAAGUUCUGGUUGUCACGCAAACUUCACAUGAUACCAAAGAAGAAGAGGAGGGGAAAAUGCUGGAGACAGAAAAGACUAUCAAGGUUAAACACGAGGAUGAUGAAGAGAAGACCGGGCCUAAUGAGGAAGAUAAGUCAGCACAGAAGGAUGACCAAAUGUUUGGGUUUGGAGAUCUGUCCAAAGACAACCUACUGAAACUGCUUGGGAUCAUGGAAGGAGAGAUCCAGGCACGAGAAGAUGUGAUCCAUCUACUGAGGUCUGCGCUGCUGAGUCGACCAGAGGAGCUGGAGUCCCGUUAUGGCUUAUCGGGGCCGCCCCGAGCCCUGCAGGCCCUGCAGAGAGACGGGACGCUCAGCAACAACCAUGCACAACACGAAAAUGUGUAUGAUAAGCCAAUGGCAGAGCUGGACAGAUUGCGGGAUAAACACAAGGACUCAUACCGGCGUAUGCUGGAACAGCUCUUACUGGCUGAGAAAAGCCAUCGGCGCACUGUCUAUGAGCUGGAGACUGAGAAACGCAAACACGUGGAUUAUAUGAACAAGAGCGAUGACUUCACCAACCUCCUGGAGCAGGAACGAGAGAGGUUAAAGCGGUUGCUGAAACAAGAAAAAGCAUACCAAAUAAGGAAGGAAAAAGAAUUUUCUAAGCGUAUGCAGAGAACAUCUGGAGAGCUGGUUAAGCUGAAGUCAUUUGCACUCAUGAUGGUGGAUGAGCGAGAACUUCAUUUGGAGAAAAUCGACAAACAGAGCCACAAAAUACAAGAUCUUCUUCAAAAACUUGAGGAAAAGGAGAAGAAACUACAUGAGGCAGAGAGAAAAUCAAAGGAAGACAAUCAGAAAAUCCUUGAUCUUGAGGUUGAGCUGGAGCUAAGAACGUCUAAGUUUGCAAAAGAGCAAGAGGAGAUGUCUGCAAAACUGUCCAGCCAAGAAUCUCAACAUCAGCAGCUUUCCCAGAAACAGAUUGAAUUGUUGUUACACAAAAUCAAGGAGCUUGAAGAAACCAACGAAGCUCUUCAGAAAUCAGCAGAGGAGCUCCAGGCUUUAAAAGACAAGAUCCGAAAGGGCGAAUGUGGCAACUCAAAUUUGAUGGCAGAACUUGAGACUUUGCGCACUAGAAUUCUGGAAAUGGAGGGUAAAGAUGAAGAGAUCACCAAAACUGAGAACAAAUGCAGUGAGUUGAAGAAGAUGCUUCUUGUUGAAGAGACUCGCAAUAAAGACCUGAGGCUAGAGGUGGAAAAACUGCAACAGAGAAUGACACUGUUAGAGACACUAGAGAUGACCUUCAACAUGGGCAGGACAGAAUGUGCCCAGUUGAACGCAGCUUUGGAAAAGGAGAAAAGCUUGACUAAAGACCUAACAGACAAACUUGUGAGCGUUAAAAUCCGUAUGAAGGAGCUUGAAUCAUCCGAGCUGAAACUGGAAAAGGAUGAAUUAGAUUUAAAAGAGGAUCUUUUAAAACUCAAAUCAGUUACUGUAAUAAUGGUUAAUGAGCACAAGAACAUGGUAGACAGGAUUAGGUCUGAGGAAAAGAAGAGAGAUGAACUGAAUCAACUCUAUAAGGCAGAGCAGGAGAAAGUCAUGGAGGUUACUGAGAGGUUAAUAGAGGAGAGCAAGAAGCGUCUGAAACUAAAGUCAGAGAUGGAGUUGACAGUAGCUGCUCAUGUAAAAGAGAGAGAUGAAAUAAAGCGAAAGCUUACUAAAGCAGAAGAACAAUGCAAAGAUCUGAACUCCAAGAAUGGCAUAAUGAUGCAAAGUACCAUGAACGAAGAGGAAAGGGAGUCUUUUCAAAAGGUGAUGGACCUGCAGAGUGUCUCAAAUGCACAUGGAAAAGAUGAGAAUAAAGUUAAUGAGCUGACUUUGGAGACUGAAAGACUUAGGAACCGUCUUCAACAGCUGGAAGCCAUUGAGCGAGAACUGAUCGAACCAGAGUAUGAUUUGUUAGGAACUGAGAAAGAAAAGGCACGUUGUCUCUCACAGCAUGUGCAAGAAAUAAGUCAAACUGAGUCAGUUGAGGUAAUAGAGCAGGGUGAGCUGGCCUGUCAAGAGGCUGAACUGAGAUAUCGGUUUAUGAUGGAGGAGGCCAAAACCAGAGACCUUCAAGCAGAUGUGCAAGCCCUGAAGGAGAAGAUUCACGAGCUCAUGAACAAAGAAGACGAGCUAUCCCAGCUACAGGUGGAUUAUUCAGUUCUGCACCAGAGGUUUCUAGAGGAAGAAGACAAGAAAAAGAGCAUAAGCACUGAAGUUCUAAACCUUACCAAAGAACUUGAGGUCACCAAGCGCUACAGCCGCACUUUACGGCCCAGCGCCAAAGGAAGCCGGAUGAUGGAUGUCCCAGUGACGUCAACCGGAGUACAAACCGAUUCAGUUGAAAAUAGGACAACUGACAGUGACACACCUGCCGCAUUUAUCAAGAAGUCCGUCCAAGAGGAGAACCGGAUCAUGAGUAGCCUGCAACAGAGGAGCUUAAAGAAGCCAGCGCAGAGACUAACAGUCCGUGAACUUUACCCUCCAACAGUCGGUGACUAUACAACGAAGAAGUCCUGGAUUCCUUGGAUGAGGAAGAAAGACAGCAGCGCUUCUGAAGUAUCUUUGGAUACCAGUGGGGAGGUCAGCAUGUCCCAAAAGUAUGACCAUUCAUUGAACGCUCAGGUGAUCCCAGAUAUUCAGAACAACGAGGCAACCUUACAGAAUUGCAUUGGCCUUUCUGAGGACUCGACCAAACAAGCUUCUGCCAAACUCUCACAAGAAACUCAGAGCUCCCGGACGACUAUCCUUCCUACAAAUGAAGGAACUAAAGAGCCAAAAAAUCCAGAAAGAGUUAGAUUACCAAUGACCUUUGCCUCAGUCUCGAGAGUAAAGAGUGCAGAGAUCACAGGGUCUCCCUCUAUGGACAAAUCGUUAUCUCCUGUAUCCACUGCAUCCAUCAGCAGCUCCCAAGAGUCUGUGGACAUGAUAACAGGUAGAGCUGUAUUUAAGGAUACUCCUGAAAAGCGAAUGGUCCCCACACCUAUCAAGAAGUUUACCACAGAAGACAGUAAAAUUCACAUUCACUUAGGAUCGCAGUUCAAGAAGACCACUGAUCAUGGCUCAGUCGUCCUGGCCAAAUCUAUUCCCCUAUCAUCUGAGUGUAAUGAUGUUUCUACUGGAACUGUGCUACGCUCACCACACAGUGUGACUGCCAGCAAAUCAACACCUAGCAAAGCGAUGAGCAGCAUCACACAGGUCACUAAAGCACCAGCCAGACCUACUCUCUCAGUGCAGCCCAUCACUGAUGUCCCAUCAGCACGAUCAGGGUUCAGUCGUAUUCCAAUGUCUCGGGGGAUGAAAACCGGAAAAGCCGUGCUUGGAGCUUUGGGAAUCACCACAGGAGUUAAAAUGGAAACAAAUCCAGAGAACCAAGCCAUGCACAUUGACCUGAAAAAACCCAGCUGUCAUUAAUGGAGCCCUACCGGGUGGAGGGAAGGGCUGAGGGCACUGAACAAAUAAUAUACAAGCCUACAUUUACGAUGUCUUGUGUAAAUGAUUGACACUUUCUGCAGUUGUGUUGAAGAGAUGCAAGGGAAAACAGAUUUUUCUUGGGAAAGAACUAGGGAACGAGAGUUGGGAUUUGGCAACAUUGCUUUUACGGUAGCAAAAAUGCUACAGUAAAAAUGAAUUUUUAGGAUACCCCGAAAGUUAGCAUCACUCUGAUUUAACUUCCAACAACUCUUUUAAAAAACUUUUUCCCCCUGAAAGUUUGAGGUAGAAUAGUUUGCAAAAGCACAAAUAUAAACACAAUGAGUAUAUGAAGGCGACUAGUGAGUAGAUUAUAGAGGUGUGGGGAUGUUUAAUAUCUGAUGCCCCAAUAACCCACCUAAGUCAAAUUUAGACACUUGUUAGCAACUGUCUUUUUCAAGACAUGUAAAAGCUUGAGGUAAAAAUGUGACAAUAUGUUAAAUUAACCCCAGAACUAAAACACAGUCUGCCAUUCAGUGUUCAAAACUGAGUACCCACCAGAUGAGUACCCAUUUCUUCAGGGUUUAUAGACUUAUUUGGUUACAAGAACAAGAAUAAAUUAUGAAUUUUAAUAGUGUUGUUCAUGAUGUUUAAUGGUGUAAAAUUUAAGCAUUUUCUGGAAUGUACAUAUCAGACCAAGCCUCUUCUGUGUGUAACUUUUGACCGUUGUUGUGAACUGAAAUGCAUUGAUAAGAGUCCCACCAAUGAGUAUGAUCUGUAAUGGAUUUUUAUUACCUGUUUGUAACUAAAAAUGUUUUACUUUCA